CACUUAUCAGUUAGUUGGUGGGACUUGAAGUCCAGUACCAAAAAUAUUUAAUUUAAACGAGCAAGUAUUUAAGUGUGUUGUGGCCAAAUAAAAAGAUUUUUCACCUAAAUUUUAAAUCUAGACAACGAAGCUAUAAGAGUGAUAAAAGUGUAGAGCUUAAGUCAGUUUUAGCGAGAAACAUAAAGUUGGUCAAGAAGGCACGUGGAGCACAUUUGUUUGUUAAACGUUUAACAACAACAAAAACAUGCUGGAGGAAAAACUAAGUGCAUAUUAUUUGUGCAACUUCAAUGAUGCAGUGCAGCUGGAGGAUUUGCCGGCUGACGAACGUCUUCGCCAGCUGUGGACAAAGGAGGAGCUGUGGACGGUGGAGGAGCUGGAAAGCAUUGUAAAGCGUUGGCAGCAGGGGGAGAAACAGGAAGAUCUCCGACAGCAACUCAAUGAUUUCCUACAGCUGACAUUUGCCUUUGUGCAGAACAAUUUCACGGGACCCUUCGAUAAACUCGCAUCCUGCACAGAAAUGCUGUCCAACUUAAAGUUGGAACAUUCUGCAGCGCUGGAGCAGCUCAAGGCGAGCGGCGAGGAGCCUAAUCCUAAUGUGAAAACAGCGCAAUUGCUGCUCAUAGCAAAAGAGUUGCUAGAUGCUUUGAUUGCCGCAAAUCCCACAGUCAAACUGCUCAGCUGGUGGCGUCUGCGCUUGAUCUGCCUACAUCAGCACAUCCUCGACGAUUUGGCGGAUUCGUUGUAUCAGCAGUUUAAAUUGGUUGCCACUGAUCUUCGCGAGAAUUUGGCGGCUUUUGGCUCAGUGGAGCUGCAGGGUUUGCUGCUGCUCGAACUGGCCAAUGGCUACUUGCAGUUUCAUCGCUCAGACUUGUCAAGUCAGACGCUCGAUGAAGUGUGUGCUCAACUGCAAGUGGAGUUGAAGGUGGAAGGUUUGCUGGGCUUACGGACGAAGCAUCAACAGAAGGCGUUGCCACAACUCUGCCUCAAAGUGACGCAGCAAGGUGGUGAAGAGCAGCGUUUGCCAGCCGCCAAGCUGAGCAAUGCGGAUACCAAGUUGCCACAACUGUUGUUGCUGGAGGAUGACACAAGGCGAGAGCGCAUACUCUUUGUAGAGCCGCAGGAUAACGAGGUGAUGACGUUGCCCAGUGUGCUGCAGGCGCUAGUGUUGGCCAAGGUUAAGCAACUGAAACGUUCGCAGCCCAAGGAUCGCCUUGCAGACGAGCAACUGGAGCCGUAUACACAAACCUUGCUGUAUCAGGAACAUGGUCCGUUGCAAGUGCGUCAAGCGGCGCUGCUCUUAAACUGCCACCAGGAAUCGGGACAGCGUCGCACAGUCGAGCGCAGCUGGAAGCAAUGCGAAGAGUGCGUCAAGCUGCUGGACAACACAACGCACUCGUUGCGAUCGCGGCUUUCAUUUGGCUUCGCUGCAAGUCUGCAGCCCAAAUGGCGGGUGCAGCUGCAGCUGGUGGAUCUGCUACGUUCGCUGGGCAUGACCAAGUCGGCGCUGGACAUUUGCCUGCAGAUACACGCCUGGCAGCAGGUCAUCGAGUGCUACACGAGUCUGGAGCUGCGUCACAAGGCUGCCGAGAUUAUACGCCAACAGCUGGAGAAGGCUCCGACAGCUUUGUUGUAUUGUCUGCUUGGCGAUGCCAUCGAUGAUCCGCAGUGCUAUGAGCAGGCUUGGCUGCACUCCAAGCAGACGAGUGGCAAGGCGCAAGCGUAUUGGGGCAACUUCUUCUAUCGCAGCGCCAACUAUGCGGAGGCAAUUGGUCACUACGAGACAUCGCUGGAGAUCAAUUCACUGCAGGAAGGAAUACUCUUGCGCUGUGGCUAUUGUGCCAUACAGCUGGAACGCUGGGAACUGGCUGUGAAGUGUUAUUUGGCCUACACACAUCUCGAACCGAAUGGAUUCGAGUCGUGGAAUAAUCUGGCCAAGGCGCUAAUUAAACUGGGCGACAAGCAACGUGCUCAUCGUCUGCUCGGUGAGGCGUUGAAGUGCAACUACAACAACUGGAAGGUCUGGGAGAACUAUAUGCUCGUCUCGGUGGACACCAGUCACUGGGAGGAUGCGAUGCGUGCGUAUCAACGUCUUGGCGAGCUCAAGCAACACUAUCUGGAUGAGGAGGUGCUGACUCGCAUUGUUUACGGCAUUGCCAGACAAAUGCAAUCGGAUGCAGCUUCCCAGGCAGCGGCCAAUUCAUUGCAGCGUCGCAUUGCUCAGCUGCUGGGUCAGCAGUGUGUGCAACAUGGCAACGAGCCGAUGGUCUGGGAACUGGCUGCUUUGGUGGCUGUGACGCCGGUGAAGAAAGCCGAACGUUUGGUUAAAUCAUAUCGCGCUUACACAGCUAAAGAGGUGUCCUGGGAAACGAAGUCAGCGCAUGCCAAGAAAGCGUUGGCACUCUGUCUUGAGGCUGCCGAGUUGUCGCUGGCGGCGAUCAAGGAACACGCCGUAGAUGAGAGCGAUGUGCUGAUAACAUCGCAACUGAGUUCGAGUCGUCUAGCGGCCACAUCGUGUCUGAAUGCCUUGAAACGUGCCAGUUUGGUUGAGGUGCCCAAGGAGCAGCAGGCGCAAAUGGAUGAGCUAGAGCAGCAGCUGGCGGAGGUGACCAAGAUUCUGCAGCAGCGCAUGCAGCGCACGUAA